UAUGACAACGGGCCUUUUCUCUCCCAAAAACUUUCACUCCACAAACUCAUCCUCAUCUCCAGGAUCUCGACCUCAGCUUCCGCUUCAACGGAGACCAUUUCACAGUCAGAUUCUCUGAUCUACAGAGUGACCAACGACGUCGACCGUCGAGUCUCGAUUGUUCCGAUUCUCGAGAGAUGGGUCGAUGAGGGGAGAUCAGUAGAGAAGAGUUACUUAAUUGGAAUGGUGAAAACGCUGAGGAGAAUGAAGAAGCCUGCUCAUGCCCUCGAGGUAUCCAUGUGGAUGAGCAAUAGGAGAUAUUUCCCCUUAUCUGCAGGUGACCAUGCGAAUCGAAUAGAUUUGAUAUUCAAAGUUCAUGGCCUUGAGCAUGCUGAAAAUUACUUUAAAACGAUCCCGAAGCAGAAAAAAGUCUAUCAAACAUAUGGUGCUCUUCUCAAAUGUUAUGCCGAAGAGAAAUCUAUUGAGAAAGCAGAAUCUCUUUUUAACAUAAUGAAGCAGCUCAAUAUGCUCACAUCUUUCCCUUAUAAUAUAUUAAUAUCUCUAUACUCGCGCACUGGCCAACAUGAGAAGGUAGAGAGUAUGUUCACAGAAAUGAAAGAAAAGGGUAUUCGCUGUGAUGCAUUCACUGAUACCAUUCUUCUUAAUGUUUAUGCUGAUUCUUUAAACAUCCCCAAAAUGGAGGAAGUUUUGGGGAGAAUCAAAAAGUUCAAUGCUGUGGAUUUUUACAAAUAUGCAAUUGCAGCGAGGGCUUAUGUGAAAGUUAAGGCUAGAGUUAAAGCUUUAGAUAAACUAAAAAAGGCAGAGAAGCUGAUUCCAAAAAAGAAUAAUCGAUAUGCUUGGGGUUUUUUGGUAACUCUCUAUGCUGAGACUGGGGACAAAGAUGAAAUGUACCGAAUAUGGAACACAUAUAAAUUAUCGUUAGAUAAAGCAUCAAACUCGAUGUACAUGUGCAUGAUAAGCGGGCUUUUAAAGUUCGACGAUGUUGAGGGUGCUGAGGCAUUGUUCAUGGAGUGGAAAUCUCAGUUAACUGUUUAUGAUGUUAGGAUACCAAAACUUUUAGUAAGUGCUUAUCGCGAAAAGGGUCUUUUAAGCAAGGCAGAAUGUUUUAUGAAUGAAGCUGUUCAGAGUGGGGAUAUGAUUUCCUCGAGUAUUUGGGGACAAUUAGCAGAUGGGUAUUUUGAGGCUAAUCAAAUACCGAAGGCAGUGGAGAUGAUGAAAGCAGUGAAGGCAGAGAAAACCUGGUGGAAGUUAAGUCAUGAAAAAGUGAAUGCAGGUUUGAAGUACUUUGAAGAAGAGAAGGAUGUUAAAGGAGCAGAGGAAUUUGUAAGUUUAGUUCAGAAACAAAGUCCUUUGAGUAGGGAAGUAUAUCAUAGUUUGAUGAGGAUUUAUAUGAUUGCUGGAGUACCUUUAAGUGGAGUUUUAGAAAGGAUGAAAGCAGAUGGGUUUGAUGUAGAUGAAGAGACCGACAGAAUUUUGGAGGAAAGUUCCCAAAAUCAAGCAAAAUCGUGAUUCUGUUGCAGAUUUUAGUUUCAGGACAUUUUUAACAAGCUUUUUCAAGAUUUAAGAUGCAUCGUUAUUCGGUAAAGGAGUUAGAUUAUGUAUGCUAUAGGUCUUUAACAGUUCUGGUGACCAAGGUUUGCUCUGAUUAUUUGUCAUUAAUGUGCUGAAUUUUGGUUUGAGUGGGAGAGUUGAAGGCCUUAGAACCUGCAGACUUUCAAACAUAAAUAUGUGACCGUUUAUGCAUUCCUAGUGUAGAACUAGAUGCUCGAGUUGAUUAAAUGCAGUUUCGUAUCUCUAUCUAUGUUUUACGAUUAGCGAGUUGGGGCAACAUUUGAUCUUCAUGAUUGAUUCGGUUGUUCUCAUUAUAACAGUAGUUUUUCAUGUGUCGUUUA